CACCUGGGCAUGGACACACCGGCCGCUGCCUGUUAUCAUCCACGCAGUACUAUGAAGCAGCCCACAGUGCCCUCCCUUCUCUCCCUCUCCAUCGUGCCCCCCGCUGCCUACCUGCCUCCUCUCGCCACCUCCUGGUCCUCGGCAAGUGUUCUCUCCAACGCGCCAGCCAGCCAGGGAAGGACAGAGGGAGAGAGAGAGCUUCGAGGCCCUGUUGAUUGGCGUUGGGAAGUUCGUGUCAAGUCAUCCCGCGCCGUGUCCCCCAGGAAGGCCGCGGCGCCGCACGUGUUGUUUCCUGGCGUCUUUUCGGGACAACUUGGAAGACGGCCAAUACCUGCUCAUCAUCAACUGCUUCCCUUAAGGGGCGUGGGGGAGGGGGAUGGGGCGGCCCGGCGACCUGCAGCCCCGCCCCGCACACCUUGCAGAGCGUGGCGGGGCUGA